AUGCCUUCCCCCGACAGUGAGUCUCCAGACGAGACUUUCUUCAACGACCUAUCUCAACAGCCACCGGAAUCCAACACCACAAACGCCCAAGAGAUACAGCAGGAUAGCGCAAGCAGGGCAAAGAGGAUUGCUUGUGUGUUGUGUAGAAAGAGAAAACUGCGAUGCGACGGCGCCCGACCAACAUGUUCGACGUGUAAACGGCUGUCCCACGAUUGUGCCUAUGACGAAGUCAGGAAGAGAAGUGGUCCUAAGCGUGGCUACGUCAAAUUACUCGAACAACGGCUAGAACAAGUUGAGACGCUGCUCAAAAGCCAGGAUGCCGCCGAUUCCACCAAAGACACAACGCGCGCGAACGCUGCCUCCGCAUACGUCGCGAGUACCCUCAACAAUGCCACACCAAGUCCUGGAGAAAUUCCCAUCCCGACCGGAAAUUCCCAGACAGGAGCCCGUAGGCCAAGUGGCCUUGGUGCGGACCCGUUCCGUAAUGCUGGAGCGAACGGAAGCAACGCAAAGCCAGAAAACUCAUGGGAGAUGAUUGGGCUCGGUUUGGAGGAGCCUCUGCCGCCUCAAGAAGUCAUGGAUGAUUUAUAUCACAUUUACUUCACCAAAAUCCACCUCACCAUGCCCAUCAUACAUAGACCACGUUUCCUCGCCGCUUUAAAUCUGGCCCCUCAUAUGCGACCGCCAGUGUGCUUACGAUACAUCAUGUGGACACUCGCCGCUUCCGUCACGGACAAGUAUGACGAGUUACAGGAGCAUUUCUACCAGCGCUCGAGGAAGUACGCACAAAUGGACGAGAUGCGAGGUCAUGGAGAAACCACCAUGAACCUUGCCCAUUGCCAAACAUGGAUCUUGACAGGCACGUACGAGUUCAAGCAAAUGUACUUUCCAAGGGCAUGGCUAUCUGUUGGUAGGGCUGUACGAUUCGCUCAGAUGUUCCAGCUUCAUCGCCUGGACGGGUUCAGUCUAGAUGUGAAGCAAUGUCUACCUCCACCGAAAGACUGGACAGAGCGGGAAGAGCGUCGGAGAACAUUCUGGAUGGCUUUUUGCAUAGACCGAUAUGCUAGUAUCGGCACAGGCUGGCCGAUGACUAUUGAUGAACGAGACAUUAAGACGAAUUUACCAGCAAGUGAGGAAGCAUUUGAGAAGAGCAAAGAGAUGUCAACAGGAUCACUGGACCAGGUUUUGGACCACAAUGGCGAGGCAGACCUUCAAUCCUUGGGCGGUACCGUCUUCACAGCGGCCAUGUUUGGUCGCAAUCUACUUCAUUUACAUCGACCCGCGCCUGAUGAUAACGAUGGUGACAUCAACGGUGGAUACUGGAAUCGACAUCGCCAUAUUGAGCAGAUACUUCUCCAAACAUCACUAGGUCUACCUGAUCACCUACGGCUGCCCUACGGCCUCACAGAUCCCAACGUUGUCUUCGCAAACAUGUGCAUUCAUACUUCGGCAAUAUGUCUUCAUCAAGCAGCCAUCUUCAAGGCCGACAAGCAUCAUUUACCAGCCAGCGUUGGCAACGAAAGCAAGAUCCGGUGUCUGACCGCAGCGGCCGAGAUAGCAUCGAUAAUGCGAAUGAUUAGUCACAUGGAUCUGGGCGCAAUGAAUCCUUUCAUUUCCUUCUGCGUGUACGUGGCAGCGCGAGUAUUCGCCCAAUAUCUCAAGACACGACCCAACGAUCAACAAAUCAAAUCUUCGUUACGGUUUCUCUUACAAGCUAUGCAGGCCCUUCGCCGAAAGAAUCCACUUACCGAGUCGUUCCUAGCGCAGUUGGACGUCGACCUAGAGACAGCCGGCAUCCAGGGCCUGCAGCAGAAGCAGUACCUGUCGCCCAAGGACCAACUGAGCCAAGUUCCGGCAUCAAUUCAAGAUAUGACUGAGAGUAUUGGGUGUCAUUUCCAAGGGCCGGGUCAAAUGCUCGCCAGCUAUGAAGCAUCCACGGACCAACAGGAAAAACCCAAUGCGACGGCUUGCACUAACACGUUUGGAAAUAGCAAUCCAAGAACACAACCACCGUUGACCAGUACGCAGUAUGCGAGUACCGCUCCAGGCCCACCAUAUCAUGUUCACAAUAUCAACAGCAUCAACAUGAGUGUGCAGAACACGGCUUACCUGUCUGCUCAGGUUCCCCCGAACACAGUAUUCGGCCGUACAGAGUCUCAGGACUUCAUGUCUCCACAAGUAGCAUUUCGCGACAGGAGUGAUAUUGAUUUUUCUGGAGGCACCGAUCACACCAGCUCUGCAACACUAAGCUCAAAGUCGAGAGGCAGUUCGACAUCACAAUCUCCAUAUUCACCCGGUCAACCAUACGAACACAAUGUUCCAUACCGAGCGUCACCAAAGCUGGCAUACUCUGUUUCAGCGUCUGGUGCCGCUACAGGAUUUGCAGGUUUCGCGUCUACCAACGAGGCCUUGAUUGUGAAUAAUUCGAAUCCUUUGGGCAACAUGGAUAACAAUGCCUAUGAUGACAGCUUCAUGAUGGGCAACGAAUGGGACUACACGGGUCUGAACGUUGGAACAGGUCUCACGCCAAUGGUGGAUACGUCGUGGGAUGCGGCGCUGGAGAGUGUAACAAUGGGAUGGGAAUCGGUUGGGCCUUCGCAGGACGAACAGGCGCAGGCAUCUGUUGUACGGUGA